AGGCCGGCAACGACGUUGCUGCAGAUGCUGCUGCCGCCAACUCUGCACUUGAGACCAGUACCGGCAUGGCCGACGCUCUUGCCCCCCCCCCCCCCGACGGACCGGAUACGGGGUUUCUCGUGAGCAAACUGAACCAAAUCCAGGACGGCCGCACGGGUCUGGUGCAAGCCGGAGUCUCCGUAUCCAAGAAAAAAACUGUGUUGCUGUAACUCUUUUUAGGAAACGGCAUGACAAAUCUUUUUGGCAUGACAGCGUCAUGCGCAGUGAGUAAGUACGCGAAAGCACGUACGUAGCCUGUCAUUCAUGUACAGCAUGGCAAGUGUAACUGCGUUGGAUCUUCUGCAACACGGGCUUACACUAAGACAGUUUUUUUCGUGCAUACUGCGACCGCGAGGUCGACGUGAUGUCGUGGAUGAUGAACAAAACUGGCCUAUCCUAAGUAAAAACGUACUCACCAAAUAACAAGAUUUCGAUUUAUCAUGCAAAUCUACGCGUCUGAGUGUAGAAUAUGAUUCUUGCGGCUCCCCAUGAGGGCCAUUAUGUCAUCCGGAUAUUUGGCAUGCUCUAUAUUAUAAAUGAUGCGAAUUCAACAUGUUGACGCGUCUGCGCUAUGAGCCAAGUGAGACAACCCUGCGAGUUCGAAGUUGUCAUGCGCAACAACCAAAAUAUCUUCGCUUGUGAUGUAGCAGAAUUCCCAUCUUGGCAAUAAUCGGUUCGGUACGUUUUUGCACAUGAUACGGCAACGCCACCCGUGUUGCGGAAGCGUACAAAAGCGGCUUCGUCACCGAGUUCAGUCUCCGGGAUGGCGACAAUGACAAGGUCCUGACUUAUCCGAGUGGGGAGAAUGACUGAGUCAGAAAUGUGGAGUCAAGAAGUUUGUUAAUUUCUUGUCAUGGUGGUUGAUGGAAGUACAAGUAUGAAUUGAAGUAGUUUUGUUGUGCAGGAGUGGGUCUGUCACACUCGCUUUCUGCGGCCGUGAGUGAGAAUCUUGACUUGAAUUUGAUUCCGAAUUUUUCCUCCGGGAUAUCGUUCCGGCCGAGUGCCCCAUCCUGGCGUCCACCAGUUUUGCCGGCCGUCCAGGUGCGAGCAUGACGCCAGUGGUUUUCUGCGAAUUCUUACCAUGCUGAAAAGUGUGUGCGAGCAUAUUUGUCGUGUACUUAUGGCUAGAAGAUUGAAAAGCAUUUGCGUACACCUGGCAUUUGGAGUUUAUUGUGUUCUUAGGCCCACAUGCAUUAAAUGGCACUUCAAGUACAUGACGAAUGUGACGAUGUCGAUUCACUUUUCCGCAUGACACACCUGCGCUCGUCGGCGGAAUCUGCUGGAGCGGGUCGGCAGCACGUAUGAGGGUACACGACUCUCCCUCACCCUCAUUCGAGAAAUUAUAGAAACGCCAACGGAGAUGGAGCGUGUGCAUGAAAAAUUCCACCUACUUAGGCUGAUUGUAAUACUGUACGGACUUGGGAAUUUGUCAUGCAAAGAGCAGCAGCUUGUGGAUCUUUUCCCGGACGGACGAAUGAGGUGGAGGGGGAGUUGUGGACUCUGAUAGCCCGGGGAUCGUCGAGUCGACGGGUGAGCAGCAGGUGGUCGCCGUUGGUCCCAGUGGAGGCACCAUGGCGGACGGAGCUGUGUCAGCUGAGCACCAACCGACUGCUUUUCUGCAACAAAAGUUUUGGGGUUUGUGCGACUGUUUUAGCGGUAUUUUCUUUUAUAUAAACACGGUUGAAGUAAUUGCACCGUGCCCACGGUGUGUGGGAGUCCUCGUUUGGACUUUUUUCUGAGAGCUGUAAGUCUUGUUCUUGUUGAUUCAAGGUUAGUUGGAGGCUGAACAGGCGGCAAGCCGCUGACCUGUAUGGCUACGGUCACUGUAGGUCAUGCUCGGGAAUGCUUAGGAGUGCGAAAAUAACAUUUGAAACGGGGGAAAACUAGACGAGACUUGGGGAUUUGUAAUUGUGUUUGAAGUUCCUGUUCCAAGGUUGAAUUCGGUAGGAAUGCGUUACAAUAAAGCUCUCCACUUCGAAACUAGGGUCGACUGUUGACAACCACGAGGGCACUUUUGACAACCACGAGGACACUUUUGACAACCACGAGGACACUUUUGACAACCACGAUGACGUUAUGACUGACAACCACGCCGUCAUCUCCCCGCAAAGUGGCCCAAGGCGGCAAGACGCGGGUCCGACGCAACCCGGAGUGUUGGCGUUGGAAGACGACCAUGCCCUUCGCCAGCGGCAGCGCGAGGAGCAGGCCGCGAGGGACAAGGAGGCCGCGACGGAGGCCCGGAGGCGGCAGCAGGAGCGGGACAUCGUGAGCGACCCCUGGCUCAUGGCCGGUUGGCUUUCCUGAUGAUUUCUAGUACUACAACACUGAUUGAUAGAUUUCCGACCGCUGUCAUGAAGAUGAUGAGGAUUUCAGCUUUUACGCCUUUGCAGCAGUCAGACCAAGGCAGAAGUUUUCAAGUUCGUUUCUAUUGUUUGUAGCAACAGUUAUUCCAACGAUAUACGUCUUACGUUUCUGUUUGUUUUUUCUCGCCAAUUAGCACACGACGAAGAAAGCAAGACUUCCACUAAAAAACAACGUCUCCAACACCAACGGACAAACGAAGAAUCACCAGCGUGAGGUUCUUCUGGCUCAGUUGAACAACAUGACUUGUAUCUAUCUUAUCUGUGUCCCCAAAUGCAAAUCUAUUGGAGUGAGGUGGUAGUAAGGUGCGGGGUCAGUUGGAAGCUUUAUGAUGAGCAUAUGCUAGUUGAAAAAUUCGAAGAAUGAACAAAUACAAACUAAGCAACAAGGGUCCGAGAGACUCGCUUUAGGCAAAAAAUCGCAAGACAAAUUUAAGUUAUGUUGAAUUACACAGACAGCUCUUCAGUUUUGUACAAAGCAAGUAAACUUUACGAACGGUAGAUAGAAGCGUAAGACAGGUAGACGAAGAUCUGCAGCGAACGACAACCACGAAGGAAGAAGUAUAAAAAAAGACAAAAAACUAACACAAUCUCAAAAAAAAAAACAGUUCUUCACCAACUUCACAGCGAGAAAAGCAACAUAUUUUAUUCUGUGCUCUUUCUCUAUCUCUUUUCCCAGUAGCGUUAGCAGUUUCUUGUACGACAAAAACACUUUUUAACUUUUCAACUUUUCAGUAGGAACCUAAACUUCGACACCAACUUUUUAAUUUUACAGCUCUUCACUUUAUUUUUUCUUAAGUGCAGGCCUAAAGCGGCUCUUGCAGACUGACUUUUUCUUCAAGUAGCGCUAAAACACGAGAGAAGAAAAAAUCUUCACCCGGAUCCCGUGUAUCCAAUAUGAACAAACAAACAAACAACUCUAUGUAUUAGUUUCAAUUAUAGCAUCACAAAUCAAACAGUCCAACUGUACAAGCAGUGGUUACAACCCGACGUUUAUUACUCGAUUUUUACAACCAGACACUCCACAGAAUUACCAGUUCAGAGGCGCUGUUAUUAGUAAUGCUUUCAGGAGGUAGUGCUCUUCAAAGAAAAAUUAAUGGCAAUUUUGAGUUUGACCCUCAUUUUGACCCACGUCGAAGUAGAAAAAUGCACCUCACUGUCUGAUUCUCGACCACGCAAAAAGCAACACACGAAAAUUUCUAUUUGACACCGAGAUAGACAGAAGGCGCAUGACGAGCUGUUUCCUCGAAAAAUUGAACAGGACUUUUGUUUUUUCCGCUUAAGUGUGAAAGCAAAACGAGGACGCUAAGAAGGGCGGUAACGAUCUAGAAAAAUUUGCGGCGCAAAUUUCCGGAUUUGUUCGACUUGUGCAUGGAAGUAGAAUCAGAGAAGACGAGCAUCAAGAUACGCGGCGUAUUAGAAAAAAGAAAAAGUCUUCGCUUCCAGUAUUGGAAUGAGGAACAGGAAAC